GCUCGGGUCUCCACUUCUGCCUCCCUCCCGUACCCCUUCAGAUGGAAAACCCCGAUCCAGCUCUCCUCCAGGCCCUCUCCCACCAUCACCAUCAAACCUCCUGCGCAUCACAUCACGCGCUCCCUUUCCUUCCCUUCCCUUUCCAUCACCCCCUCAAGACUUUUCUAAUUCUUCUAAUCCUUCAACUUACAACCUCACGCCCCUUUCUUAACCUGCAUCUAAGCUCAUGUACAUUGUUUGGUAUGUUCCUUCUCCUUCUCGCACCGAUGCUGAUCCCCCCUGCUCGGCAGCUUGGUAUGGUAUCAGAAUACUAACGAUCUUACCCCUAUGUAGAAACUAAAACGCACGCUACGUGCCUUUUUCCUCCAAACCAAAUCAAUUCAACAUGGCCGACCUCAUCGAGCAAUAUCGUCAACUGGCGGAAGAGUACUACGAGCUGUACUCGCAGCAACUAGGGGAACAGCUUCAACGGAUAUCGACCACCACCUAUGUGGUCACCGCCCUCGCCAUCUGCAUACCUCCCAUAAUUGCUCUGAUAAUCUACGAACGCGAACAAGCAAAGCUUCUAGCAGAACAACCCCAAGGAUGCAGAAAACUCGGGUUGAAGAUUGAGAGCAACCUGCUUAAUGAGUACGACAAAAAGUUUGCGGAGGGGAGACCGCCGAGUACCGAGGAGACUUCCGCAGAGUGGUGGCGCCUGAAGAGCAUGUGGAUUUACCCCGUCAAGAGUUGCAAAGGUGUAGAGCUGAACAGAGGAACAAUCAUUGCGACCGGAAUGGAAUAUGACCGCCAAUUCACCUUUGCUCAACUAAGGAGCCCAUUCCCAGUGAAUGCUGCAACCCCCGAGAAAGAAAAGGCGGCGCACAAGUGGGAAUUUAUUACACAGCGACAAUUCCCUCUAUUGGCCAGAGUUAGAACCGAGAUGUGGGUUCCAGAUCAAAGUGUUGAUACGUACAAACCACAUGCCGAGGACGUCGAAAGCGGUGGUGUUGUAAUCAUGAGUUUCCCUUGGCAAGAAGCUGGCUGGAGGGGAACCGUUGCAAAAUGGGGUGCUUCAUUCAUGGGUAAAGUCCCUGAGAAGCAGUUCAGGAUUCCAUUCGACCCCUCCCCAGUCCAAAUCGAAAAGGCCGGUUACUCUUUCGAAGAAAUGACAAUCUGGAAAGAAACUGUUUCUGCCUUGAACAUGGAGAUUGAAAUCCCAGAUGAGUUGAGAUAUUAUCUUGGUAUAAGCAACAAACUAGGUCUAUUCAGGGUUGACAACUCAAAAUUGAGAGAGGUACACCGCAAUGCCCCCAAAAAGGAAGAUUUAGGAUACCAACCAGUGACUGGAUUCCAAGACGCCGUAAGUCAUUCACUGCCACGUACAAGUAUACCUGCUAAUUUUUCUCAGUACCCACUUCACCUCAUCAAUCUUGCCAGUGUCCGCGAUGUAGAGAGUAAAAUACCCCACGUCAAAGGAACACCAAAACCACGUAUAUCUGCACAACGAUUUCGCGCAAACUUGAUCAUCACUGGUCCAGAUGCCUACCUCGAAGAUACAUGGCGCCGAAUCAAGAUUGGAUACUACGAGUACGAUGUAUGCGCUAGAACAGCCCGCUGCAAAAUGCCCAAUGUCGACCAAGUCACCGGGGAGAGACAUCCUAGCGAACCAGACAGAACGCUGAGAAGUUUCCGAGACGUAGAUGCAGGCGCGGGACCAAACAUUGGAUGCUUGGGAGUUCAGAUGGUACCCAUCUCCAAAGAAAGCGCUCUGAGAGUGGGAGACGAAGUUACCGUUCUGGAAACUGGAGAGCAUCAUUACAUCCAUCAAUGAUUCCAACUUUUACUUCUUUACAUCACAUUGGCGGAGUUAACGGAAUAGAAGGAGUUGAGCCCGGAGAGAAAAUGAAACAAGGAUACCCUACAGCACAAAAUUCUAUAUUUUCCCUCUACACAUGGCUAAGGACGGUUCAUGCUUCUCCCUUUUGACCAGUCAUUCAUUCUAUAUUUCUGGGAAUUGGGAGGGAGAAAAAUUCAUCAGAGAGACUUGGGACUCUUUACAUACUACUCAUACAUAUCACUUGUAAUUAAAGUUGCUUUUUGUUCCUUUUUAGCAUCUUGGGCGGGUUUCUUGCUUCUGCUUGUAUUUUUGCUUAUUUUUAUUGGCUUCCAUAUUCGUCGCCAUUUGUUCCUAUGGUCUGCGUAUUGGUUCUCAACAUCUUUCUUUGUUGACUACAACCUUUGCAUUUCAGUCUAUACACUUGUGUCUCUUUCCCUAUACGUCGGCAUGUUGCGAAGGCGAGUGGGCGUUAACUUGGGUGCUUUGUAUGGUUAUUUGUAUAUUUCCUGGGGAGCGGGUCUGCUUAUCUUCAUGUGAGGUAACGACUAGAGGUCAAAAUGGGGUGAGGGCUAGCGCAUGAGGAGUGUGUGUUAGAGAUAGAAGAAACGAAAAUUAGAAAGAAUUCUUUCCAUGA